CGUCUGCAUCAGUUCAGUUUUUUUAUUCGACUGUUGGAAUUGUUUAAAAAUUUGAAGAAAAAAAAGGAACGAUAGAAAACCAUUGUUAUAAUGAAAUUAAUAUUUAUUAGUGUAAUUACACUUGUUACGUUUGGUGAUCUAAAUGGGCAAGAUGGUCCAGAAAAUGGAAGAAGACGAGGUCCACCUGGCAGACCAGGUGGUCCACCAGGCGGGCCAGGAAAUUUAAAUGAUGGAUUUCAAAUGCAAAACAACUCAGGAGGUGUAAUAAUGCCAUUGCCUCCAAUGAAUGGCGUGAACGGUGGGCAAAGUGGGCUAGGUGGUCUGAUAAGUGGACAAAGGAAUUGGUUGCAAUCGUUGAAUGGUUCACAGGAAGCGUCAGGAAGUGAGAAUGAUUCUAGUGAUCAAGGAAUGAUUGGAGGAUUCUUAGGACAGCAAGGUGGGCAAAGCGGAGAGUUGGGCAUGCCUUUUGGACUCGCAGGAGGACAAAAUGGUCAAAACGAAAAUGGUCCAAAUGGUUGGUUCGGUAUGCUGAAUGGUACGCUGGGAGGACUUGGUGGGCAAACCGGGCCAGGUUGGCAGACACCUGGGGAUAUGACAGGAGGUCAAAAUGGGCAAAAUAGUGGGUGGGCUGGUCAAGGAGGUCAAGGUGGAGGUUGGGGAAUGGGAGGAGGGCAAAAUGGGCAAGGUGGUAUGGGAGGAGGACAAAUUGGUCAAAAUAGUGGGUGGGCAGGUCAAGGAGGUCGAGGAGGGCAAAGUGGAGAGUGGGGAGCGUCAGGAGGGCAAUAUGGUCAAAAUGGAGGGCAAGGAGGUCGAGGUGGAGGUUGGGGAGGACAAAGUGGCCAAAGUGGAGAGUGGGGAGCGUCAGGAGGACAAUAUGGUCAAAGUGGUGGGUGGGGAGGUCGAGGCGGAGGGUGGGGAGGGUCUGGAAGACAAAAUGGGCAAAGUGGGCAAGGCGGAGGGUGGGGAACGACUGGAAGUACGGCAGGAGGACUGAAUGGCCAAGCUGGAGGUUUGGGAAUGCUUGGAGGUAUGUUGGGCAGACUUGGUGGGCAAAAUGGAGGGUGGGGAAUGGCAGGAAGCACGCAGGGAGGGCAGAGUGGUCAAUGGAACGGUUUAGGAACGUCAGGAGCUCAAAAUGGGCAGAGUAGAGGCUGGGGUAGGACUGCAGGACAAAGUGGGCAAGGUUGGGGCUCAGGAAUGUAUGGAGGGCAAAAUGGUGGAUGGGAUUCGCAAGGAAGUGCCUUAGGGGCUAGCUGGAAUAUGCCUUGGGGAUCUAGUGGCCAGGCAGUGAUAUAAAAUCGUACCAAUAACGUUAAGUUCAAAAAAUAAAUUGAAAGAGAUAAAUUAUGCAAAAAAAUAUAGUAAGUAAAAAAAUAUAACAAGUGAAAACAAUUUUUGUGAAAAA